ACUACAAAAGGUUAAUAAUACCUUUUAUUAACCAACACUAUACUAGAGAGACAAAAAAUAAUAUGGAAGAACUGGAUACAAAAACAAAAAAUGUUGCAUACUCUUGAUGACGAAAAGUUGUUAAAACGGUUAGUAGAAUAUGAAACAGAAGAAGAAAUGAAAAAAAGUACGGAAACAAUAGAUAGAGAGAAAAUAAGAAAGGAGAUAGAGAAGAAAUAUAAAUUAGAUAAGGAUUUAAAGAAAAACAAAAUAAUACUGAGAUUAAGGAUAGAGAUUCAUAUGAUGGUAUUAGAGGAAUGCAAAAAAGAUGAGUGGGUAUUGGACAAAAAAGAAUUUCUGAAAACAUGUGUAGGAGAAUUAAAAUUACAGGAUAAUUUUAAUGAAAAAAAAGAACUUUUAGAAAUAGAAGACGAAAUAAUGAAAAACAUUACAUCAGAAGAAAAAAAAGAAGAAUUAGAGAAAUUUAAAAAAAAAAAAUGGUUUAUUGAAUUGAAACAAGAAAUUAGGAGUAAUGAAAAGAAAUAUAUGGAAAAAACGAAUAAAGAAAACAUACCAGAAAAUAGUCAACAGAUAAUUAAAAAUCCUAUGCUACAAAAGCAAAUAAUUAUAUGGAAGAAACAUUGGGAAGAGAUGCGUAAGCGGUUAGAGAAUGAAAAUAAAAAUGAAUCCUUUAUAACAUUCAUAAAUGAAUACAAUGAUAAUGAAGCCAUUAAAAAAGAAGCAGAUGAAACUAAUGUAAUAGAAAAAAACAUAGAAGAAGACGAAAUUGAAAAGAAAAGAGAAAAACUAAAAUAUUCGCAAGAAGAGAAAAAAAAGUAAACAAAUAUAAAAGAUGAAAAAGAAAGAAAAAAAAAGGAAAAGACAAAACAUAUGGAAGAGAAUGUAGAAGUGAAGAAAAAGAGUAAUUGUAUGACAUUGAGAAAGAAGCUGAAGUGGAAAACUAUGAUAGAAAUACAUAUGCUAAUAAUAGAGGACUGUAAACAAGAGGAGUGAAUUAGAGAUGAAUUUUUAGAAAUUUGCUUGAAUGAGUGAUUAAAAGAUAAGGAGUCAAUAGAAGAUGUAAUAGACAAAGAAGUUAUAAUGAAAGAAAAAGAAGAAAGCAGUAACAUUGAGUUAGAAAAACAAAAGAUAUUAUUGAAGAAAUGCAUAGAAAGUCAUAAAAAGAUAUCAGAAAAAUGGAAAGGGGCAGAAUAGUUUAAAAAUUUGGAGGAAGAAUGGAAAAAGGAGGAAUAAAUAUGUAUAAAAGCAAAAGUAAAAGUCUUGGAUAAAAUAGAUGAAAUAGAGAUUAAUCUUACGUUAGUGGUUAAUAAAAAAUUGUUUUUAACCUUUUGUAAAAAUAAAAUGAGUUACCAGUCAGAAAAGAAGUUAGCUAUUCAUGGAGUUAGUUAAAAAAAAAAAUAUAUAAAGUUAUUUUUGUUUGUUUGUUUAUUUUAUUGUAUAUGUAUCUUUGUAAUUAAAAAAAAAUAAAAUUAUUUUUUUUUUUUUUGUCAUUUGGCGUUUGUUCAAAUUAAAAAGAAAAUUAAUUUUUAGUUACAUGAAAAAAUUUAAUGAAAAAGUAGAAUGUUUAUGUUAUAUUCAAUGUAUAUUUUAAAAAAAAUAACGUUGAAUAAAUUAGAGUUUUGACUUUUGUUAAUUGAUGAAUUAUAUGUAUGUUUUUAAUUAAAAGAAUAGACUGAUCCUUUGUAGAUAAAAACUCAUUUAUAACAGUUUAAUAUGCCUAUUAAGAGAUUCAAUAAAAUUCAAUUCAAAUUAAAUACUAUGCAUCAUAAUAAGCCAUUAUAUAUAUUUGAAUGUAUAUUUAGUUAUACAUGUUCCUUAUUGAUUUGUUUGUUUAAUACUCUAGUAGGGUUAUUGAACAGGCAAUUAAUAAAACAAUUAGAGAGGAAGAAAGAGUUGCUAGAAAAAUAUGAAUGCAUAAAAGAAGAAGACGAAGAGAACAUAGAAGAAAAAAAAAAUCCAGAAAAGAGAAGAAGAAAUAAUAAAGGAAGAAGUAAAUAUGAAGAUAAUAAAAGGUCAAUAUCCAAUAUGUACAUAGAGAUACAUAUGACAGUGUUAGAUGAAUGUAAAAAAGGAGAGUUAAAAUUCAUGAGAAAUGAGUUUCUUAAGUCAUAUAUAGAACAAAAUAGAGAAAAUGAGAGAUUAUAUGAGCAAGAAACGGGAAAUAAAGAAGUGGAUGAAGUAGAAAAAGAGAGACAAAUGAAUAUUAUUAUAGAAAAGAAGAAAGAACAAUGAAAGUAUUGGAAAAGAAAAGAUUAGUAUCAAUAAUUGAAGUUGGAUUAGAAAAAGGAAAUGAUACAUAUGAUAAAAGCAAAGAAUAAAUAAGAAAUAAUAAAUCCUAUAUUAAAAACGCAAAUAGUUCAGAGAAAGUGGCAAG